AUGAGUUCCAAAUUUAUAAUUGAUAGUAUGCUACCAAAGUAUCACCAGCAAUUUCAUCAUCAACAGUUAUUUGCAAGCGCCAAUCCAAAUUCAGUUCAAGCCUGCUCCAGUGGCUCGUCAACAGCGAGUCUUGAGUCUAGUAUAUCAGCAGCGGCUGUUGCCGCUGCAGCUGUUAAUUACGCACAGCACAGUUCACCAUCGCCAACAGGUUCAAGCCCCCAACACUCGGGAAGUUCAGCAUCGACAUCACCGGCGGCAAGAACUACCUCGAGUAUGUACCCAUACGUGUCCGCUGCGGCGGCUCAUCAUCAUCAUCAGCAGCAACAGGCUGUGGCAGCAGCGGCCUUUGGUGCAACAUCAUCGAUGGUACCUGGUUUUGGUUCAUCAGUGGCAUCAAGUGCAGCACUUGCCGCUGCUGCUGCUGUUGAUGCAGCAACCGGUGACAAAUCGUGUCGUUAUACAGCCAGUCUCACUGGAAAUGUAGCACCUAGUUCCUCAGAUCCAAUGGUCAACUAUAGCCUAUCUCAUCAUCAUCAGAAUGGUGGUACAGCUGGUGGUCUUGUAUCGUCAGCACCAACUUCGUCAGCAGUAUCAGCAGCAUCGGCUUCUAUGGCCGCCGCUGCACAGUUCUAUCAUCAAGCAGCAGCUGCCUCCGGUGUUGUUGAUCCACUCACCUCCUGUCAGCAACCCACACCUGGACAGCCUGGUAUACCUGAUAUUCCGAGAUACCCGUGGAUGACCAUCUCCGAUUGGAUGAGCCCUUUCGAGCGAGUCGUCUGUGGUCCCAACGGCUGUCCGAGACGCCGCGGUAGACAGACCUACACGCGAUUUCAAACCCUCGAAUUGGAGAAGGAAUUCCACUUCAACCAUUACCUUACGAGACGGCGGCGAAUAGAAAUAGCGCACGCCCUGUGUCUAACAGAAAGACAGAUUAAAAUAUGGUUUCAAAAUCGGCGGAUGAAGUUGAAAAAGGAGCUGCGAGCUGUGAAGGAGAUCAACGAACAAGCGAGAAGAGAGCGCGAGGAGCAGGACAUGAUGAAGAAGCAGCAGGCUGAGAAGCAAGCGAAGAUGCAGGAGCAGCAGAGUGCCCUUCAGCACCAGCAGCACCACGUGUCCGGUCUCGACAAAGCGCAGAGCGAUCUCCUGAAAGCCGUCAGCAAAGUCCAGACAUAG